GCUGUUGAAGGAGAUCCCGAAGACUGGGUUCGUAUCGUUAGUAACGAUGGAUAUACUUUCCUGUUGAAGAGGAAGGUAGCAAAUAUGAGUGGGACUAUAAAAAAUUCGUUGGAUGAAACGGGAAAGUCCCAGCCCUUCAUAUCACUCUCCAGAAAAUCUCCAACAUAUUUUUCGUUUGUAGGGGGAGGGAUAAUUGUGCAGAAGAUGAUUGAAUAUAUGUCAUUCAAAGCAUAUUAUUCCAAUGUAGGGCCCAAGGAAGAGAUCCCAGUGAAUGAAUUCAUGGAGCGUCUGCCACCAGAGAUCGUGCUAGAAUUGUCGGUGACUUUUUUUCACCAUCUCAUAUCGAUUACUCUGACAAUCUUGUACGAUUAA